GUGCCUCCUUUAUUACACACUCCGGCGACGCUGUGAGUUCGUAUCCGUAACGCCCCCCUCCUUCCACUCUCUUGCUAAGAAGCGCGAGGCAGAGAGAGAGAGAGAGAGAGAGAGAGCGAGCGAGUCAUCAGCGAGAGCAACCGCACGGAGGGAGAUGAAGGCGGAGAAGGCAGCGGUGGCCGCGGCCGCCGUCGGGGGCGACGAGUGGCGGUGCCGGAAGCACCCCGCGGCGAGAUCCGGCGGCGGGGUGUGCCCGUACUGCCUCCGCGACCGGCUGCUGCGGCUCUGCCCCAACUGCGCGCGCGUGCGGCCCUGCCCCUGCACCUGCGCCUCCCCGUCCUCCUCCUCCUCGGCGUCCGGCGACGCCGUCGGCCGGGUGCACAGCCUCAUCGAGCGGGAGCACCGGGUGGCGCGCUCGCGCUCCGUCGCCGCGUCCUCCUCCGCCGCGAUGGCCUCCGUCGCCGCGGCCGCCUCCGCCUCCGGGAGGCGAAAGGCGAGGGUCUGGGGGUGGGCGCCGUUCUGGAGGUCCUCUGCCAAGGACGGGAGCGCGGCGGAGGAGGAGGACGAGGAGGAGAGGCUGGGGCUGGCGAGGUCCAGCUCGGUCUCGGCGACGGCCGUGGAGGCCAAGGCGGUGGCGGCCAAGGCGGCGGCGACCAAGGCGCGGUGGGGGUGGCACUUCCCGAGCCCCAUGAAGGCGUUCCGGCACCGGAGGUCGUCGGCGAGCAUGCCGGAGCGGGGGUGAGAUUCCUCGCCACCAGUGGGGGAUCUGUCUCUUGCUUUCCUUUUAGGAAGUGGUUAUAAUAUAAUCAAUUAACUAUAUGGGGGUUCUUCUUUUCCACUUUUGUGGCUCGCGUGCUAAUGUGAUACGAUGUUUAAGCUAGAUUAAAAACCGAAAGCCUGUGAUCUGGGCGCAAUGCGCUCAAUUACCCUCUGGGCGGCGUCAUUUCCUCCCUGCUUUUGUUGUCCCUCGGUGUCGUGUCUGUACACUUGCUGCUCCACCGUGUAGUACCAUCAAAUUGGACAUUUUAAGCUCCCCGAUUUGAUCUGCGCUACCUUCUUUCCA